UAUAAAAAAUAAAAAGAAAUGAAAAAAGAGUUAGAAAUUAAAAAAAAAUGAAGAGCAAGAAUUUAACUUUCCCACUUAUGAUUGGGAGGUGAUGAAUGACGAUAUGAUUUUUGCACCGUCUUUCAUGUGACCACUUGUUGCAUUACUAAAUAAGCCUAAAGGGACCUUUUGGCUUGAAGUGAAGGUCCCACUAACCCAGGAAUCACUUAUUUAAACAGCACCCCAAAUUUCAUCAAACGACAAGCUUAACCAAAAUCCAACACCUAAUCUCUCUUCUUAAUCUCCCUAAAACAUUUAACCAAAACAACUUAACUCGAUAUGGAGUUUAACGGUGUUUCAAAAUCGGGUUCCUCUUCAAAAUCCAGAAGGACGAGGAUUCAGCAGCAGCAGCAGCAGAACGAUGAAAUAAAGUAUUUAGGAGUGAGGAGAAGGCCGUGGGGAAGAUAUGCGGCCGAGAUAAGGAACCCUACGACUAAGGAAAGGUAUUGGUUAGGGACAUUUGACACGGCCGAGGAGGCUGCCAUGGCCUAUGACAGAGCCGCUCGGUCCAUGAGAGGCUCAACGGCUCGAACCAACUUCAUCUACCCCGACAUGCCACAUGGCUCCUCGGUGACUGCCUGUGUCUCCCCGGACGAGUCAAACCGGCUCAUCUCCGAGAUAUUCAACCCUACAGGCCAAGUCGAAAACUUUGCUUACAACAAUCAAUACCCUUCGACGAAUAACCAAAGCUCUAUUGAGUUCUCUUUUAACAACAAUGAUAAUCUUCAGGCAAAUGGCUGGUUUCAUGGGGUGGAAUGCGGUUAUCAGACAGGAUAUAGUAAUGUUGUUCAAAGCCAUAGUCAUGAGCUUCCUCCUCUGCCUCCAAGUACUUGUGUUGGAGCUGAACUGACACUUCCCCAAACCGAAAACUCGUAUUGGGAUACACCAGCUGUGAGCGUCGAGGCAUUAGGGCAUUGCCAAGAUGUAAACAAAUUCAACGAUGCUUUCAAUAUGCAAGACUAUGCGUUCGGACACAACAGCUUGGCGGAUCAAGACACACUUACUCAUUUGGAUGCAUCCUCUGUCUUCUUUUUCGAAUAACCUCUGUUUCCUGAUACUGACCACAAAUGCUGUGAGGAUUCCCUUUGGCUUUCUCUUUCCUUCUGGCCUUUGUCUUGUCUGGAUUUCAUCUGUAAAUCUCUAUUUGACAGAAUGUUUUCACAAGUUUCUUGACAAGUGAUCAGUUUCAUUUGGACCUUUUCCAAUGCUAUUCUCACUUCCCUUUGGCUCGCAUAAGUUACACCAAAGUUAGUAAUAUCGCAUACAAAGGAAAUCAAAUUCUAAACCGGAAAAUCUACAUCCGAGAACAGGUCUAAGAUCCAGCUAUGUACAAAAUCAUAUCCAGAGACUGAUCGAACACACAUCUAUCCAAAUGUCUUUGCCGAGGUCAAGUUAAAACAAGACAAUUUUACUAAGAGGAAUGAUAUUGAACUAACCAAUGUCAUGAUUACCGUAAUCACAAUUCAAAGACAAACACAAGACCCAUCAUGACUUUGUACUCGACAUCAUACAAGAGAUCAGUAUCCUCAGAGUGUCAAGAGUGUGGCUUGACACCGCUAUUUGUCUGCUUGUCCUGUUCGGACGAUAUAGUAUAUACGUAUAUUCCUAUAUUGUUAGGCAUGUCAUAGUUGAUGACAUGAUCCACAUCAGGUGAAGUGAUUCAUCUUAAGCUUCAAAAUAAUUAUAUAAAAACUCAGAGAAAGACAACUUUUUUCAAGUUCUAUAAACAGUGAGACGAAAAGGGCUGAAGCCUGAAACUACACAAGAUUCAGCCAAAACGAUAGAAUUAUAACAAAACAGAAGAUGAAAACCAAACAACAACAAAAAAAAAA